AUGGGUAAAUCAUCGACGUCGUCCGCCCGGGACUCGAAGCGGGACGUGACCGGGAGCGAGACCUCCUCCCUCCGGUCCAGCACCCGAGGCCACGAUUCCUCCUCCUCUUCCUCCUCACGACGCCGCUCACGAUCCCGCUCCCCCAAAGCCCCCAAAGCCCGCCGACCAGCAGAAAUGCCUCGCAAACGAAAGUCGACCGGAGCAGAGACCUCCAGCCCCAGCUCCAGCCCCAGCAGCAGCACAGAAGUCGCCACCAAGAGCGACAGCAACGCCAACGGCAGCACCUUCGGCAUCUCCCCGACCGCCCUCUUCAGCAACCUGCAGUCCGCCUACAGCGUCUUCCAAUCCCUUCCGAACCUCACCGGCGGCAGUGCUGCCGCGGCGACCGCCCCCAAUGGCGUCCUCCCGCCCUUCACGACCUCGUACGAGCUCGCCCUCCCGGACACACCCGUGACGAACCUCCUCAGCCCCUCGAACCUCCGCCUCCCGGCGUCGCAGGACGUCCUCCAGACCCGCCUGGCCACGAACCUGCCGCGCCACGGCAACGCCUACGCCAUCCUGCUGGUCGGGACCCUCCUGACGUCACACUGGUUCAUCCUGACGGCCCUCUUCGGCAUCGUCAAGUUCGGGCUGUUCAUCCAGUCCUACAACGGCCGCGACAUCGCCCGGGACCUCGGCGUGCGCAAGUACGCCUCGAGCCAGGCCAUCAUGUCGGGCUUCGCGGCGGCGGCGGCCCUCGUCGGGCUCUGGGUUUUCUCGUCCGUCUUCAGCGUCGUCGCGACCGUCGUCAAGGUCGCCACCCUCGUCCUCGUCCACGCCGCCUUCUUCGAGCUCGACGAGGCCGCGCAGAGGAAGCUGCAGCAGCAGAGAGCGCCCAGCGUGUCGUCGGCCUCGGGGGUGCCGCCGCCGGUCCUGAGGCCCGCGGGGACAGCGCUCUCGCCUCGUGACGCAGUUGCCCUCACUAGCCAGCUGCGGUCUGUCAGCGAGGGGCACCUCAGCACUGUGCACUCGAACGGGAACAACGGGUGGUAUGCCGGAGAAGGGUAUGUCGGAAGCAGCAGAGAUGACCAGUACGCUGCGAUGCCGCGGUCGUCGCGGGCGCUGGACCAGUUCCCGCCCGGCCGAGUCGAGGACGAGGAUGAAAUCGAUCGAGGUGCAUCGUGGGGUUUUAACGAGGCUGGAAGGCCGCAGAGCUACGCUGGCAGGUCUUAUUGA